CCCCGCCCCCCCCCCCCCCUCGCUCCUCGCGGCGGGCGCCGAUGGCGGCGACGGGGGACGGCGGCGGCCGGCGGCUGCGGCUCCCCGCGCCCGGACCCCCACCGAGCCGCCCGGACCCCUUCGUGUGCCGGCGGGGCGGCCGCGGCGAUGGGCCUGAGGAGGAGGAGGAGGAGGAGGAGGAGAAAGUGGGCUUGGCGGAAACCUCCCUGCUGAACAAGCUGAUCCGCACGUCCCUGGUGGAGUCCAGCCACCGCGUGGAGAUCCUGCAGCAGGACCCCAGCUCCCCGCUCUUCUCCAUCAAAACCUUCGAGGAGCUGCCCCUGAAGAAAGAGCUUUUGCAGGGGAUUUACCUCAUGGGCUUCAACAGACCGUCCAAAAUCCAGGAGACGGCUCUGCCCAUCAUGCUGGCGUAUCCGCCCCAAAAUCUGAUUGCCCAGAGCCAGUCAGGGACAGGGAAAACGGCAGCUUUUGUCUUGGCGAUGCUGAGCAGAGUUAAUGCCGCCGAGAAACACCCGCAGUGCCUCUGCUUGGCUCCCACCUACGAGCUGGCCCUGCAGAUCGGGCACGUCAUCGAGAACAUCGGGCAGUUUUGCGCCGACAUCAAGGUUACGUACGCUGUCCGGGGAAACCAAGUCCCGCAGGGCAGCGCGCUGGAGGAGCAGAUCGUCAUCGGGACGCCGGGGACCAUGCUGGACUGGUGUUUCAAACGGCGAGCCAUCGACGUCAAGAAGAUCGCCAUGUUCGUGCUGGACGAAGCGGACAUCAUGAUCGACACGCAGGGCCUCUCCUGCCAAAGCAUCCGCAUCCAGAGGGCUUUACCCAAGAGCUGCCAGAUGCUGCUGUUCUCCGCCACCUUCAAGGAAACCGUGCGGGCCUUCGCCGUGCAAAUAGUCUCCAACCCCAUCGUCAUAAAGCUGCGGGAGGAAGAGCUCACCCUCAGCAACAUCAGGCAGUACUACUUCGUCUGCAGGAGCCGGGAGGAGAAGUACCGCGCCCUCUGCAACAUCUACGGCGGCAUCACCGUCGGCCAGGCCAUGAUCUUCUGCCAGACUCGGAGGAUCGCGGACUGGCUGUCGGUGGAGAUGAGCCAGGACGGGCACCAGGUGGCCAUCCUGACGGCGGAGCUGACGGUAGCCCAACGGGCCAACGUCAUCCAGCGCUUCCGUGACGGGAAAGAGAAGGUCCUCAUCGCUACCAACGUCUGCGCCAGAGGGAUCGACGUGCAGCAGGUCACCAUCGUGGUGAACUUCAACCUCCCCACCGAUCAGAAGUGCCGGCCGGAUUUCGAGACCUACCUCCACCGCAUCGGGCGAACGGGACGCUUCGGGAAGAGGGGCAUCGCCUUCAGCAUGGUGGAACGCCAGAACGUGCGGCUCGUGCGGGUUAUCGAGGAGCAUUUCCGGUUGUUUUUUAUCCCCCGGCGGCCGAAUUUUCGGAGAACCAGCCCAGCAGGUUGCGCGUGACCUGCAAGGGACGUGACACGUCCCCAGGAUGCCUCGGCACCUCUUCUUUUUUCCCUCCUUCCGGCAUUUUCUCUGCCUUUACCCUGCAAAUCCCUGUCCCCGGGGGGGAACUGGUGCCCCGGCUUAGCCCCGGCGGCCGAAAUCCUGCGGGUUUUUCCCCCCCCGGGAUCGGUUGUCGCUCUUAAACGUCGAGAGGAUUUGCACGGGAUUUGCGAGAUGCCGGGGGCUGUUGAAAUCCCGGUGCCCUUUUUCCCCUGCGAUUUUUAGGGAAAAGACGGUUACGGCAACUUUGCGGGGUGCGGAAAACCCGCCUCCCUUCCUGAUGAAAAUCCCAGCGGAUGAACUUUUCUUAAUUGCCGUUGGAGGGCCUGACGGAGGAUAAACGAACCUUCCCCGUCCCGGCUGGGUGGCUUCAGAGGUGGGAGCAGAGAGCGGGAGCGCAUCCGGAAAGCCAUCCCGACCUGCCGCUUCUCGCUUGGGCCGCCUCUUGCUCCCCCCGGCAGCCUUCUCGUGGCCGCUGCCCUUCGUCCGCUUCGCGCCCCGCUCCCUCUGCGUUCAUCGGAGUGGAAAUACCGCAGCCGGGGAACGUCCCGGCCCCGGGGCGCGUUCCCGCGGCGCGGACGCUCGCUCGUGGUUUUCACUCGGUGGCGUCCAACGCCUUUUUUUUUCCCCCCCUUUUCC